UUAAUAGAAUGCUGGAUGAAGGAAUUGCACCAGAUGUUGUCAUCUUUACCACUGUAAUACAUGCUCUUUGCAAGGAGAGACGGACCGAGGAAGCGCUCUCUGUGUUAGAGCUAAUGUCCCAAAGAGGUAUGAGGCUUGACAUUUUCACUUACAGCUCUCUAAUUUAUGGCAUGUGCCGUACAGAUCAAUGGGCUGAAGCUACAAGGUUGUUUGAUGAAAUGGUAGUUCAGGGAGUCUUACCUGAUACCAUAACUUUGAGAAUACUUUUGGAUGCUCUCUUCCAAGGACGGAUGCCAGAAGGGUCUCAUAAAGUAGUUGAGGCCAAAGUUAAAUAUGGUAUGGAGCUGAGCAAAAUAACUUGCACUAUGCUAAUUGAUGAUUAUUGUUUUCGUGGCAAAACGGAUAAGGCAAAGAAGGUCAUUGAUUUAAUGGUGAUAAAAGAUCGUGUCCCUGAUAUUGCUUCUUGCUAUAAUGCCUUGGUCAACGGCUAUAUGCAAGCUAAAAGGAUAGGUGAAGCUUUGAGGCUCGUUGAAGAAAUGAUCGAACAGGGGGUGAUGCUUGAUGUGGAAACCCUCAAAGCUUUGAGUGGUUUGCGUCCUAAAAAGGCAUGUUGUAUCUGCAGAAUAGUUCCCCAUGAGACCGCCAGAACUAGUUACAAUCCUGUUAAAUCUUUUAACAGCGAAUUAUGUCGUUGGAUUCUAAACUUGUAUGACCAAGCAAUAUUAGUCAAUGGAAAUGGUUUCAAACAAGUAUAGGAUCCUUGGUGCUGAAAAAUACAUUCAAAAUUCUUAAUCUCACCAAUGAUCUAUAAACAAAGAACAGGAUCCUUUUCACAGGUACUAACUCUCCCAUGAACUUUCAACCACAUCCAAAUCUUUACACUGCUCUUAGUUCAUAGUGUACGUUCAAGAAUGAAGAGAUAUCAAGAGUUUACGAUUCAGCACGACGUUAUAUUGACACAUCAAAGCAAUAUUAGAGCAUCCACAGUAGAGAGGUGUAUUUUUGGGGUUGUAAAGCCACUUUUACAUCAUCUUUACACCUCCAGGGGGUGUAAAUACGUUUUUUGCUCCAAUGAGAAAUAAUGUAAAUACUUUUCUCCAUUUUUCCUCUACUUUUCUCAGCUGGGUCCCACCUGCAUGAGAUGUAAAAAAAGAUGUACAAUUGCAUCUAAAUUUACAUCGCAUGGUGGUGAUGUAAUUAUACAUUCAUUCACACCCCCUCUCUCCCUCCCCCCCCCCCCAAUUGCGGGUGAUUCCGAUCACAACGGGUGUAUAUUUAACAUACACCCCAUUGUACAACCCCCCACUGUGGAUGCUCUUAGUUGUCAUUUCAAUGUUACAAUACCUAUAUUCAAUGAAAAUUGCAACAUAACAAAUUCAGCAUCCAGCCAAAUUAUAAUUUAUCAGCGACAAUAAUAAAAGAAA